AUGUCGACAUCCUACCGACUCCACGCCUCACCCACACUAUUACUGCUCGCCCUCGUAGCCAUUCUCACCUGCGGUCCGAGCCAGGUGUACGGUGACGUGCGCCCGGGAUGCGUGAACAAGUACAAAUGCCCGACGCGCGAGUCGCGGCAAUGCGGAGUGUUCUACAACUGCAUGCCAGGAUCCACGGCCAGCAUCGCCAAGGCAUCUAUCACCACAUGCGGCAGCUGCUCCUUUAACGAGCCCAAGAAGGCGUUCGCUUCGGUGUGCAACUACGAAUAUGGCCGAUGCGUUGCCAACACCAUUGAUGGGAAAGUCUGCACAGCAGAUACGCAGUGCACGGCUCCCGGCGUUACAGGCUUCACGUGCCUCCCAGUCAAGACGAACAAGACGCUGAAACGAUGCUGCAGGUGA